AUGGGUCGCGUUCGUACGAAGACCGUCAAGAAGUCGGCCAAAGUCAUCAUUGAGCGCUACUACCCCAAGCUCACGCUGGACUUCGAGACCAACAAGAGAAUCUGCGAUGAAAUUGCCAUCAUUGCCUCGAAGCGUCUUCGCAACAAGAUCGCCGGCUACACCACGCAUUUGAUGAAGCGAAUCCAGCGCGGACCGGUGCGAGGCAUCUCGUUCAAGCUGCAGGAAGAGGAGCGAGAACGCAAGGAUCAAUACGUGCCUGAGAUCUCCGCCCUCGACUUCACCCAGAACACCGAGAGCGGCCAGCUCGACGUCGACGCAGACACCAAGGACCUGCUGAAGAGCAUGGGCUUCGACUCCAUCGCCGUCAACGUCGUCCCGGUCGCCCAGCAGGCUCCACAGGACCGCGGUGGCCGCAGAGUCUUCGGCACCGACCGACCGGGCCGGAGGGAUUAA